AUGGGAAAGCCAAAAACACUUGAUUCAUUCUUUAAGAAAAAAGAUGGGAGUCAAUCAGAAGUUAGUACUUGUACACAUUUAGAGAGACCUUUAGCAACGGAUCUCGAGGCUUUAGUGACUAAUGAGCGUCCCUCCAAAUGUCCACGAAUUCAACCUGAAGAAAUGAAUGCUACCUUUUUGGAACGUGAUCCAGGAUUACGUCCGCAAAUAUGGGAAUUCCCUGUUAACUUACAAGAUGACAUUCGACGUGCUUAUAUUAGAGCCAAACCAUGUCAACCCAAGCUUUCGGAAUAUCCAUAUUCAGGAAUGGGUAAUAAUCGUCGCCGAUUUCAAGCCUCUUGGUUUGAUACAUACUCAACUUGGUCGGAGUACUCAAAAUCAAAGGAUGCUAUAUUUUGUCUUCCAUGCUAUGUUUUUGCUAAGAAACCAACAGGUCGUCCAGGAUCAGAUGCAUUUACAGGGAAAUGUUUUAACAAUUGGAAAAAGGCAAGCGAUGAGAUGAAUAGUUCUUUAAUGAGACAUGUGGGGAAAGAUCCAAAUUCACCACAUAAUAUUGCCGUGAAAUGUUGUGAGGAUCUAAUGAAUCAGUCAGGGCAUAUUGACAAGAUAGUUGAAAAGCAAACAUUACAAGAAACAAAGAAUAAUCAGUUGCGGCUCAAAACCUCUAUAGAUAGUGUUAAAUGGCUUACAUUCCAAGCAUGUCCCUUUAGAGGUCACGAUGAAAGUUCUGGCUCGAAAAAUCAAGGUAACUUCAUUGAAUUGGUAAAGCUCCUAGAAAGCUAUAAUGACGAUGUUGCUGGACUUGUCUUGGAAAAUGCUCCAAAAAAUGCCAAAUAUACAUCACCCAAAAUUCAAAAGGAAAUCCUAUAUAUCAUUGCAAAUAAAGUGCGGGAUGCGAUUAGAAAAGAAAUUGGGGAUGCCAAAUUUUGCAUUCUCGUUGAUGAAGCUCGGGAUGAAUAA